AAAAUUAAAGCUCAGAAGAAAAUCACUGGGAAGAAAGAAAUAUUCGCAACAGGAAAAUCAGAAGGAAGAAGGAAAAUGGCGUUGCAGUGGAUGAUACUGACGUACGUGGUGGCAGCGGAGGCGGCACUGGCGCUCCUCGUCACUCUCCCCUCGCCCAAGCUCGUCAAGAAGCGUCUCGUCUCGCUCGUUUCUCUCAUCCUCCAACCAGCACUCUUUGUCGUUCCCUUUGCCGGAUUCCAGCUAUUAGAUAUCUACUGGAAAAAUGAGCAUCGCUUGGUGUGUACUUCUGAGAUCUGCUCUGCUGCUGAGAGAGAUCGAUAUGAGAAAUCUUUCUUCAAAGCUCAAAGAAAUGUCAUUUUGUGCGCUAUUGCCUGCCUUCUUUACUGGUGCAUCUACCGCAUCUGUAAGUAUAACAAGGACCUUGAGAGUUUAGAAGAACUUGAAAAGAGAUACAAGGAGGAGUAGGGUUCCAUUUUACUUUGGCAUUGCGUGGAGACGAUGGAUUGCCUCGUAUCUUAUGUUCUGAAUCAGACGAAUGUGGUUCUAAAUUCUAGUAUUAGUUCGUGUUUGUUGUUCUAUGAAGGGAUUUAAAGAAAGAUGAACGAAGAUAGUUAAUGUAAGAGAACAUAGAGAGGAGACAUUGAUAAAUGAUAACGUUUUACCACAAAAAACGCCCCGCGAGCACACAGUAGAUGGACGGAUUCUAUGCAAUAUGCUUAUUUUGGUGUAGUAAAACUAGUCCUGGAAGUUGUAAAUGACCAAUAUUUGUUCCUUUUAGCGCGGCUCCAUUGCAAUAAGCUCAAUUCCCCUGA